GUGAGACUGAGAGAGGUUUCCCCCCGGCGCCAUUUUGUGUCUCCUCACAUUCUUGGUACGGCCAGCGAACUCUCCUGACAUGGCUGAUUACUCCACGGUUCCCCCACCGGCCUCCGGAUCCGGCGGCGCUGCCCCCGGAGCGGUGAACGACGCCUUCAAGGAUGCGCUGCAGCGGGCGAGACAGAUUGCUGCUAAGAUUGGUGGUGACACAGGCACCGCUAUAAAUUCCAAUGACUAUGGAUUUGGAGGACAGAAGCGGCCACUUGAUGAUGGUGAUGGCUCUUGGACAAGUUUGAGCAGUACAGCACACUGGGAGGGAAUGCCCUCUCCUUAUCAAGAUCAACCAGAACCUAAGAAAGUUGCCCCUCAGAAUGAUUCUUUCGCUCCACCAAUGCCUGCCAUGCAUCAGCAACAGAGGUCUGUCAUUACGGAAGAAUACAAGGUUCCAGAUGGAAUGGUGGGAUUCAUUAUUGGAAGAGGUGGUGAACAAAUCUCACGCAUUCAACAAGAAUCUGGCUGUAAAAUACAAAUUGCCCCAGAUAGUGGCGGGAUGCCUGACAGAUCAUGUAUGUUAACUGGGACCCCCGAUUCUGUUCAAGGUGCAAAGAGAUUACUUGAACAGAUAGUUGAGAAAGGAAGACCAACUCCUGGCUUUCAUCACGGGGAUGGUCCUGGCAACGCUGUCCAAGAAAUCAUGAUCCCAUCCAGUAAAGCUGGCUUAGUAAUUGGUAAAGGAGGAGAAACCAUUAAACAACUGCAGGAACGAGCAGGAGUUAAAAUGGUCAUGAUUCAGGAUGGGCCCCAGAACACCGGCUCUGACAAGCCGCUGAGAAUCACAGGGGAUCCUUACAAAGUGCAGCAAGCAAAGGAGAUGGUUAUGGAACUUAUUCAUGAACAAGGAGGUGGUUUUAGAGAAGUACGAAAUGAAUAUGGCUCAAGAGUAGGAGGAAAUGAAGGGAUUGAUGUCCCAAUACCACGAUUUGCUGUUGGAAUUGUUAUAGGAAGAAAUGGUGAAAUGAUCAAGAAAAUCCAGAACGAUGCAGGUGUUAGAAUACAAUUUAAACCAGAUGAUGGUUCAGCUCCUGAAAGAAUUGCUCAAGUCUCUGGCCCACCAGACAGAUGUCAACAUGCAGCAGAGAUUAUAACAGACCUACUUCGCAGUGUUCAGCAAUCUGGAAACCAUGGUGGCCCAGGGCCUGGACGGGGCAGAGGACGAGGUCAAGGGAACUGGAACAUGGGACCUCCUGGUGGCUUACAGGAGUUUAACUUUGUUGUUCCUACUGUAAAAACUGGUCUAAUUAUUGGAAAAGGUGGCGAAACAAUAAAAAAUAUCAGCCAGCAGUCAGGAGCCAGAAUAGAGCUGCAAAGAAAUCCUCCACCAAAUUCUGACCCAAACAUGAAACUAUUCACUAUUCGUGGAUCCCCACAGCAAAUAGAUUAUGCCAGACAGCUUAUUGAAGAGAAGAUUGGAGGUCCAGUGAAUCCUGUUGGUCCUCCAGUUCCUCAUGGACCACCUGGUGUACCUGGCCCUCAUGGACCUCCUGGCCCUCCUGGUCCUGGUGCUCCCAUGGGACCAUACAAUCCAGCCCCUUACAAUCCUGGACCCCCUGGACCUUCACCACAUGGUCCUCCUGCACAAUAUGCUCCUCAAGGAUGGGGCAAUACUUAUCCACACUGGCAACAGCCAACUCAACCAGACCCAAGUAAAGCAGGAGCUGAUCCCAAUUCUGCAGCAUGGGCAGCUUAUUAUGCUCACUAUUAUCAGCAGCAAGCACCCCAGCCACCUGCAGCUCCAUCUGGUGGACCAAGUACAGCCCAAACUAAUGGACAAGCCGAGCAACCAGCAGCUCCACAAUCUGGACAAGUUGACUAUACAAAAGCUUGGGAAGAGUAUUACAAAAAAAUGGGUCAACAGGCACCAGCUCAAGAUUAUUCAAAAGCAUGGGAAGAAUACUAUAAAAAACAAGGGCAAACCGUACCAACACAGGGAGCAGCGCCACCUGCAGGACAACCUGAUUACAGUGCAGCCUGGGCAGAAUAUUACAGACAGCAAGCUGCAUAUUAUGCACAGACAAGUCCACAGGGAAUACCACAGCAUCCUCCAGCCCAACAGGUAUGAAAACGAAUCUGAUCAUUUUUCUUUAGUUUUGGGGAGGACUUUAUGGUUAUAAUUAACUCAGAUGAAACUAAACCUUCCUGUACUGCACGCUAUGUUGCUGUGUUUACGUUUUCCACCUCCAGGGUUAUUGAAAACAAGAAGCAGUCAACCUUUGUUAACCAAUCUUUCUUUAGGGUCUCACUCCUGGGUUGGCUUCAUUUUCCAUCAAUGUUGUAGUUUAACUCUUUGUAUGUCUCUUAUGUAUUUCUUCUGCACAGGGCCAAUAAUGCGAAGUGGACAGUACAGUAUUUGCUUCAUUGUGUUGGGGAAAACGUUUGUUAAAUGUUUGGAUGCAGACGCCUUGAUGAAGAUCUUAAAUUUUGUUUUUGGUUUAAAAUUGUUUCGGAAAAAAACAAAUGUACAAAGCUAUCACUCCUGACUGAUAGGAGGCUAUAUUUCUGUGUAGAAAUGAAAACCGGUUUGUUUUUAGUAACUAGUGUAGAUGUACACAUUCCAGCAAAAUGUAUUUGCAGCUAUUAUGUGGUCAAAGAUAUGUGAUACAAAUGUACUUUUUCAAUGUAUACUUUAUCACUUUUAAAAUGCCUGUUUUGUGCUUUACAAUAAAUAAUAUGAAAACCUCCUGUGUCGGUAAGUUGGGUAUGUGAAUAUUUAACAGAAAUCAUUUUAUGUUUGAGUAAGGUGCAUAGCAGCAAUUUUGUAAUCGUAUUCAAUUUGCCUCAGAUUUUUUUUCCCCUUUCCCUGAUUUUUUUUUUUUAAUUUUAAUUUUGAUAGUCUGAAUGUUAUUGUAUGAGAAGCAGCAAUGCUAGUUUGAUUUUUGUUUUCAUGUGCCUGUAUAAAUGCAUAGCUGACUUCCAUUGCAUUAUGUUUAAUUCUACAUGACCACUGUUAUAAAAUCUGUACAGAUAUUGCACUGCUGGGAGAGAUGUUGGACAGUCUUCUAGCAGUGCCACUGAAUAUUUGUUUACUUUUUUUUUCUUGCAUAAAUCUUAGAAUUUA